AUGAUAUGUGCGGAGUGCGCGAUAUUAAACUCAAGCAGAUCUUUCUCAAACUUUUUUUUUCAAUAUAAAGAGGGAAUUCUUGAUUCAGCACGACCUGGAGCAAAACGAGUGCUGGAGAUUAAUCCGGGCCAGGUUAGAAUCAAACCAGAUGUUGUCCGACUACCUGGCUGUUUCACACUUGAAAUUAAGAAUUUACGGGUAAAAGAUGACCCCGACAUUAUCGGCAAUUCAUUCUUCGCCAAGGCUGAAUAUCAAUGGUGGAAUGUGAAAGAUUUCUCGAAUUUGAAAUGUCAGAAUGCCUCAAACAACGGUUGCGUUUACACUUGGCAGUCUGCCAGACGAAUGAAUCCAUUCACCACUGACUUUGUUCCUUUUUAUUGUGACGUAUGCCAGUCCCUUACCGAAAUUGAUAGUGGCGAUGCUAGUGUAUCCGAUUCUAUAGCCAGCCAACUGAAGGGGAUCAGCUGUCCGAAACGACCGGGAUUUUAUACUUUUAGAAAGGAGUUCUGCUUUAAUGACUGGGCUGCAUUUGACUCUGACGGCGACUGUGAGAUGGACUUUUUGCAAGGAGAUAAAGGCGACUACAAAGGUGCACUAGCCAGCUUGCAACAAGUCGGCUACGGAUCCGUUAUAGCAAAAAUUCGCUUGGCUUUCAAUGCCACUGGUAAUAUCGAACGAAAGAGAAUUUUGAAGGAGGCUCAAAUUGAGGAAAGCGUCGCUAGAGAACUCGAAGAGCGUCGACGAACAUGGGACGUUAACAACGGGCAGUUUGACAAAUUUAGCCAGUGGUACAUCGAGUAUCGAAAGAACAUCUGGCACAAGUAAGU